UGUGGCCAUAAGAUGACGUCACUUCUGGGAAAGUACGGAUAGUAGCACUUCAAGAAAACUAGUGCUGUGGUGCUAGCAAGGGAAUGUUUUUCUUUCUUUUUUUCAGACUUGUUGUAGUGGAAGCUGUAAGGUACUUUUGCGUAACUACAAAGGUCUUUCCAGUUGUAUUGAAAAGUGUCAUCGAGAUGGUGGCGUUCAGUAUACGCAGUGACGUUGGACUUUUGUUAUGAAAAGGUGUUUGUAUACAUCAGUGUGGAAGGCCUGAAGUUUUGAGAAGGAGAGGUUUAAACAGAUAUUUACACACUAGUGGGCCCAUUUCAUCUUAUUGGAUUUACGAGCCACAUCGCAAAGACUUCUGAAAGUGACGCAUCUGGCACAAAACUAUGGAUAAGCCCCCAUUUCGUCAGAUUCAGUCAUGUGGAAAAUGGGAAAUGAAGGACAGACUGGGAACAGGGGGAUUUGGCAAUGUUUAUCUAUAUCAAAAUGAGGAAACCAAUGAAAAAAUUGCUGUCAAGUCAUGUCGAUUGGAGUUAAACGCAAAAAAUAAAGAGAGGUGGUGCCAUGAAAUCCAAAUAAUGAAAAAGCUGAAUCAUCCUAAUGUAGUUAUAGCAAGGGAAGUACCAGAAGAAAUGAAGAACAUUUCCUUUAAUGAUCUGCCUCUGUUGGCUAUGGAAUAUUGUUCAAAAGGUGAUUUAAGAAAAUUAUUAAAUAAACCGGAGAAUUGUUGUGGACUGAAAGAGAGUGAAGUUCUGUCCUUACUUAGUGAUGUUGGUUCAGGCAUUCAGUACUUGCAUGAAAACAGGAUUAUUCACAGAGACCUAAAGCCAGAAAAUAUAGUACUUCAGGACAUUAAUGGAAAGCUGGUUCAUAAAAUAAUUGACCUUGGUUAUGCUAAAGACCUUGAUCAAGGAAGCCUUUGUACGUCAUUCGUAGGAACUUUACAGUACUUGGCACCUGAGCUAUUUGAGAAUAAACCCUAUACAGUGACAGUAGAUUACUGGAGUUUUGGUACAGUGGUGUUUGAGUGCAGCUGUGGUUUCCGGCCUUUUUUACACAAUCAUCAACCAGUGCAAUGGAAUAAUAAAAUUCGUAACAAAGGUCCAAAGGACAUCAUGGCUUGUGAAGAUAUGUUCGGAGAAAUCAAGUUUUACACCCACCUUCCAGAUACUAAUAACCUGAGCAAAGCAAUCAUUGACCCUUUAGAAAACUGGCUACAGCUGAUGUUAAGGUGGGAUCCUGUACAAAGAGGAGGUGGCUUAACCUCUGAGUCCAAGCGGCCUCAAUGCUUUUUCCUUUUGGACCAAAUAUUGAGCAUGAAGGUGGUGCACAUCUUGAAUAUGACUUCUGCCAAGGUCCAUUCAUUUCAGUUGGUCUCUGAUGAAAGUCUACAUUCUCUUCAGUUACGGAUUGCAAAAGAAACAUUUAUUUCUCCACUUAAUCAAGAAUUACUACUGGAGACAGGAAUUUCACUUGACCCAAGGAAACCUGCAUCACAAUGUGUAUUAGAUGGAGUGAGAGGCUGGGAUAGCUAUAUUGUUUACUUGUUUGACAGAAGCCUUACUGUAUACCCUGGACCUUUUGCUGACCGUAAACUCCCAGAUUAUGUGAAUUAUAUUGUGAGGGAGUCCAAAAAACAGUUUCCUAUCAAAACACUGAGAAAAGGUUGGGGAGAUGCUGUAGGUUAUAUCUGUGGUCUUAAAGAAGAUUAUAGCAGACUUUUUCAAGGACAGCGUGCAGCAAUGUUAAGCCUUCUGCGGUAUAACACUAACCUUACACGGUUCAAGAAUUUGAUGUUUUCAGUCUCUCAGCAAUUAAAGGCAAAGUUGGAGUUUUUUAAGAGUAGCAUUCAGUUUGACUUGGAGAAAUACAGUGACCAGAUGCAGUAUGGAAUAUCUUCUGAAAAGAUGUUAAAGGCGUGGCAAGAGAAUGAAGAGAAAGCAGAUGCCUUUGCACAGGUUGCAGAGGUCAGCCACUUAGAUGAAGAAAUAAUGUCUCUUCAUUCAGAAAUAGUUGAACUUCAGAGAAGUCCUUAUGCCAGAAGGCAAAAUGAUGUCAUGGAAGAGCUUGAAGAAAAAGCUAUUGAAUUAUAUAAGCGUCUAAAAGAGAAAUGUAAAGAAUCCCAGCCUGGUUAUAGUGACAGUGCAGAUAUGGUAAAAGUCGUUAUACAGGCAAUUCAGAGUCAAGAGAAGGUGUUAAAGGACCUUUUUUCUCAUUUAAGUAAGAUUCUUUCAAGCAAGCAAAAGAUUAUUGAUUUGUUUCCAAAAAUUGAAAAAGCUCUCGAAAAUAUCAAGGAAGCAGACAACAGUGUAAUGCAAAUGCAAGCAAAGAGGCAAAGAGAAUUCUGGCACUUGUUAAAAAUUGCUUGUGCUCAAAGUUCAACUCGACCAAUUCCAGCUCCAGUCCCUGAACCCUCCAGUUCGUCACAGAUGUUGCAGUGGACCCAGCAAGGGCAUGCCGCUAAUGCCAAUGUAAAUGCACCUCAUCCCCUCUCUUCCCUAUCUAGGCCAAGUGAAAGUGACACUGUGACACAUUUACUACAAGAAAACCAGAAGUUCCUGAGUCAGUUAACAGGUUUGAUUCAGGAAGAAGAGGAACAGACAAAGAGUAUAAUGGAUCAAGAUUGGUCUUGGACAAAAUAUGAACCAGUAUCUGUAAAGACAACAUAAAUGAGUAUUUGUUUUAAAAUGAAAUUUACUUUCUUGUAAAUAUAUUUUUUCUGUACUGGUUAAAAAUAAGUAUUUAUUAGGUUUAAAAAUUGAAAGCUCCUCACACUAAACAUUAACAGUAGAAUUCUCAUUUAAUCUGUAAUUACUGUGAAAAAUAGUUUUGAGAAUAUUAUAAAAAAGUGAUAUUUUCAAUAAUUGAUCCUACUCUCACAUGGUUAUUGUUUACAUCCUUUUUUUUAUAUAUUUUGAUUAAAGUUAUUUCAUAAGUGUCAUUAAUAUAAUUUUAAAGGCAGUCAAAGUGAUUUUAAAAAUGUAUUUUUAAGAUCACAAUAUUUAGACAUUUAAGAAAUAAAAGGUAAACCUUUACACUUAGGUGUAAAUUUAAUUGUGAUGGUCUGUCUGGUUUUUUUAGCUGGUGAAAAAUGAAAAUGCCUCCUUUUGCUGCCACUUAAAAUGUCAUAAAUUGAGACUGAAAUUGCAACAACACUAUUACAGUAAUGUUUUUCUUUUUGUUGCUGUUUUAUAAGUUACAUGUAGCAAGAUAUCCCGCCAUACACCCCCUGUGCCUUGGAACACAUGCAAUAGUCACUUCGCUUUUUUAUAUUAAAUUAUAGCAUACGUGUUUUCAUUGUAAGGAAAGCAAAAAACAUGCAAUACUGAAAAAAAAAAUUAUAAGUAUUAAGUAUUUUGUAUCAUAAUUUUAGUGGCUUUUAAAUUUCUUUUAAAGUUUUGAAAAGAUCUUCUGUAAUUGUCAAACUUUUAUUCUAGUACAUUACAUAAAGCAGGUUUUAAAUGGUGCUGCUGAUUUGCUGUUUUAUUUCAUUGUGUAUUUAGAGCUUUAUGAUGCUCUCAUGUUGAAUAUGUUUUGUUCAUAAUGUAAAAUAGAUUUUACUUUAAAAAUUUUCAGUGCCUGUAUAGUAUAGAACCAACUGUGUAUUUAUAAUUUUGCCCCCCCCCCACCAAAGUGAACAGCAGAAUGUCUACAAGUGCCUGUUUUAUCCAUCUACUUCAUGUUAUAAAUUUAAUUUUCUGCAAAAUUGUGACAUUACCUUUAAAUAAUGUAUCCCAUCUGUAUAUUUUGGUGUUUGUGUAUUCAUUGUAACUUUGGUGUUUAAUUCAUUUUAUACCAAAGGACUGUGUGGAGUACUAAUAAAGAAAUAAGACAUGCUUGA